AUGCUAGCUAAAAUUGUUAUUCUUGUCGUCGCAGUGACGACCUGCUUCGGUCAGGAAUACGUUUAUAAAUAUAGACCUUUGCAUCGUGAACAAACCAAGGAAUACAAACAUCCAAGUGUACAAAGUGCCUAUAACCAUCGUAAUCCAGAACCUGCCCCUAUACAUGAGGAGCAAUCACCAGAACAAGUAGCAUCUGUGCCUUUGUCUGCGCAUCAUGAUCCAGCGAUAUCAACACAAAGCAUUCAACAUUUCCCAUUAGUUCACGAAGAAUCGCAGUCGCAAGAAGCUCAAGGAGAUUAUAAUGAGCAGCCUAUAGCUCAUAAGCAGUAUUAUCCGAACCAGGAGUAUCAUAUAAGGUUCCAACGUCCACAGCAUCAACAAACUACUAAUAACAAUAUGCAAACUCUGCGUUAUCCUGAAGUAUCUCACGAAGUUCCUUCAGUCCGGAUUCCAUCACAAGAUGAAGCUCAGUACGUCCGAGUUCCUGCUCAACGCUACCAGUAUCAGGAAUCUGAACACCAACCACCAGUUCACCAUGAAAGUUAUUCCCAUUCUCACGAUGAGCCUGUCGACUAUUACGCGUACCCUAAGUACCAAUAUGAAUAUAAAGUGGAGGACCCUCACACCGGAGACAAUAAGUACCAGCAUGAGAUUCGUGAUGGAGACAAUGUGAAAGGAGUGUACUCACUCCACGAGGCAGAUGGCUCCGUGAGAACUGUGGAAUACGUUGCUGAUAAACACCAUGGAUUCAAUGCCAUCGUCAAGCAUUCAGCACCUGGCCAACACGUACACAUCGAAAGCCACCAUGAAAAAUAA